AUGCCGCCAAGAGGUAGAGGACGUGGAAGGGGUGUCCCACUCAACCCACCCGCCACCAUCGAGCAGCUACUAGCAGUCCAGACGCAGCUUAUGGAAGCCCUGGUGAACAACCAACAAAAUCACCCAAUCGGAGGAGCACCACCGCGUGAUAAGCGGGGUGAAUUCUUGAAAGGUCAUCCCCCUGUGUUCACACAUGCUACUGAUCCACUGGAGGCAGAUGACUGGCUUCGCGCAGUGGAGAAGCAACUCAACAUAGCACAGUGUGAUGAUAGGCAGAAGGUGUUGUUCGCAUCUGGACAACUUCAGGGAGAAGCUCAGACAUGGUGGGAGUCGUUUGAGUAUGGACGACCUCCCAAUGCACCUGCUAUCACAUGGCUAGAGUUCAAGGAGAACUUUAGGUCCUAUCACAUACCAGAAGGGUUAAUAGAACUGAAGGUAGAGGAGUUCCAAAAUUUGAAGCAGGGAUCUAUGACAGUUCCAGAGUAUAGGGACAAGUUUGCUCAGUUGUCGCGCUAUGCCCCCAGUGAGGUGGCUAAUGAUGCUGAUAAACAGCGCCUCUUUUUGAAGGGAUUGUAUGAUGGGCUCCAACUCCAGCUGAUGUCCAAUGAAUACCCCAACUAUCAGAUGCUUGUGAACCGUGCUAUCGUGGUGGAUAACAAGCGUAAGGAGAUGGAUGCUAAAAGGAAGAGGAUGCAGGGACAGGCCUCCGGAAGCAAUACUCGUCCACGCACCAACCAGCAGCAAGGUUCUCAGCAAAGGUACCAAGGAGCACCUUCACAGUGGAAUCGUGGGCAGUACCCCCAGCGCAAUCAGUUCCAGCAGAGCCCGCAGUAUCAGCAGAAUCAGCAGCAGGGCAAUCAGCAGACGUCACGCCAGGGUACGCCUAGCCACACUCCAAUGAAGACUAGUGCCCCUAACACCCCCAACAAGUGUUUCCGCUGUGGUAAGGAGGGUCACCUGUCAUAUCACUGCCCUGAAAAGCAAAAUCAACAGAGCCCCCAGAAGCAAAAUAGCAACCAGAAGUCAGCUCCCAAUACUGGAAGGGUGAACCAUAUGUCCUCUGAGACAGCACAGCAGGAACCGGAAGUUAUGCUCGAUGUGAUUCUGGGAAUGGAUUGGAUGAAACAACAAGAUGCAUCAAUUCAGUGUAAAGGAAAGGCAGUUGCACUAACAACACCAAAAGGGGACAGGAUCUGUGUGGAAGUUGCAGUUCAGCCUCAGCCAACAGCUACAGUGAACCAGCUUGAUAACAGUGUCAAUCAGGAGGGCCUGGUUGUUGAUGAGUUCCCAGACGUGUUCCCCGAUGAUUUGCCAGUUGAGUUAGUAAUAGAACCUACCUUGGAGCAAGAAAUACGAAAGGGUCAGUUACAGGAUGAAAAGCUGAAGGAGAUAGCUGAAAACAUAGUGAUCGGAAAGGCACCAGAGGGUCAAAGCAGAACAUCAGAGACCGGCAGGAUUGUUGCAAGCAAUGAAGAUCCCUGA